UGUCAGGAGACGUCAACAGAAUUAGCAAUCUUUCAAGGACUCCACAAGUUCGGUGCUGUAUCAAGGCAUCAUCCCUCCAUCGGUUAUUUGAAAUGGCCCAUCAACGUACUCCAUCGUAUGACAGAAUGUUGUACGUCGCAGUUAACUGUGGGAACCAUUUCGUUGACAACCACAUGUUCCAAGGGCAUCAUAUAAGAGGCCCCACAUUCAUGGCAUUACCACCCGAAGCAGGUGGAAAUGCUGUAACCUGCGACAGAGAACUUAUUGGUCGUCCACCACAACUUCAGCUGUUUCUGGAGCUCGAUUUCGAUGAGCGACCUCGUAGACAGCACCAGCAGUAUCUGCCACCAAAUGCGGCGGACGAUGAGAUUAUGAAUAUGCAAAACGAGGACAAUGGAGCAGUAGAGGCGGAAGCCGUAGCAAAUAAUGCCGAUGAAGAAGCGGAAGACGCAACAAUCCAUACGCAACACAAUGCACCCGGUGUCGUCAGGGGGACCUGGAAGUCGUUGCGAGUCCUUGCAAUCACCUAUGUUUAUGCCGAUCAUGCGAGACCUCGAUAAAUGACAAUCCUCAAAUUGGUGGAUGGAUGCUGCCAUCGCAGUGCCCUCAGCGUCACCUCAGAGCUCAGAGCUUCCGCAGAGUGUAUUUACCAUCCUCUACUGACCCAGGAUCUUGACCCCACCGCUGUUUCCAACGUGCGGUUCUUGAGGAAAUCAGGGAAUCGUGCUGGCGCAGCCGCUUCUACC